UUUUGCUCUCUCUGCUCUUGAGAUCUGCUUGUUUCUUCAAGAUCCUUGAAAGCUUCAUUUUGUUGGGAACUGGAAAUCGCUGCAGCAGUGAUGGCUUCACCAGUUGAGACUCCAGCCAAGUCCUUUGACUCUCAAAACUCUUCACAUCCUCCUUUGAAUGAAAGGAUUCUUUCUUCAAUGACCAGGAGGUCCAUCGCUGCUCACCCAUGGCAUGAUCUUGAGAUCGGACCUGGAGCUCCCAUUGUUUUCAACUGCGUGGUUGAAAUUGGGAAAGGGAGCAAGGUGAAAUAUGAACUUGACAAAAACACUGGCUUGAUUAUGGUUGAUCGUAUCCUUUAUUCAUCAGUUGUGUAUCCUCACAACUACGGUUUCAUCCCUCGUACUCUUUGUGAAGAUGCAGAUCCCUUGGAUGUCCUGAUCAUAAUGCAGGAACCAGUUCUUCCAGGGUGCUUUCUUCGUGCUAAAGCUAUAGGUCUGAUGCCAAUGAUUGAUCAGGGUGAGAAAGAUGACAAGAUCAUUGCCGUUUGUGCUGAUGAUCCCGAGUACCGUCACUACAAUGAUAUCAAGGAACUUCCACCUCACCGUCUGGCCGAGAUUCGCCGCUUCUUUGAAGACUACAAAAAGAAUGAGAACAAGGAAGUAGCUGUGAAUGACUUUCUGCCCGCCACCACUGCAUAUGAGGCCAUCAAGCAUUCCAUGGGAUUUAUACGCGGAUUACAUAGUGGAGAGCUUGAGGCGGUAGUUGCUCGUAGCUAUGGAUAUGGAAGAAAGUAAUCGUAGGGUUAUCCUUUAUAUAAUACAUUUUCUAGAUAUGGAAGAAAGAAAGUUUGAUGUUACGACAAUUAUGCAAUGAUUACGACGAUAAUUUUGGACAA